UGUCCUACAGCAAAGGAGACAUGGGAAAGCUUAGGGGUUUUUUGGCCUAACACAGAAGCAAGUACAGAUUUCAAUGAGUGGUUUAAAAACUUGUUCAAAUCCUAUUCAUUGGCUAAGUUUAGGUUAUGUUAAAAACUCCCUAAAAGAACUUGAUGGAGUGAAGACGAACUUACCAGCUAGACAGAUUACUAACAGAUGGGUUGCUCCGACUGGAUCGAGGGUAAAAAUCAAUUUUGACGCUGCUUUUAACAAACAGAGGAAUAAGUCAUGUUCUGGGAUGGUGGUAGGAAAUGAAAAAAGAGAUGUGAUUUGCUUUAAAACAGUGUUUCAUUCGAGUGUACCUUCUCUUUUUGCUGCAGAAGCUUUGGCGGGAUUCCAGGCGAUUCAUCUCGGUUUAUUCCUUCAGUUAAGGGAGGUUGAAAUUGAAGGGGACUCUCGUUCAGUCAUCUGCAAACUGCAAGAGCAAAAGGAUGAUAGAUUUGAGAUCGCAGCUAUUAUAAAAGACUCUAAACAACUGAGCUAUGGUUUUGUCUUUUGAGUUUUUCGUUUUAGCCAUCGCGAAUCAAACCAAGUUGCUCACUUUAUUGCUACCGAGGGUCUUAAGAAAAGAGAGAACUCUUAUCUGGUGAGUAUGGUCUUUUCUGGCGUGGAGGAUGCGGUGCUUGCUGAUCGGAAGGGACUGGAGUGCAUGUGAAAAUGAAGAGCUGCUUGUGUGGUGAUUUUGAUUGAUGCUGAUGCUUAUUCAGGGCAAGUUAUGACUAAGCAACGUUUUCUAAUAAAUUUUGUUGCUUUUGAUGUGGGGUUCCAAUUUGGAUUGUUUUCCAAUAAAUUUUGUUGCUUUUGAUGUGGGGUUCAAAUUUGGAUAACAGCUGGAUGGAAAUAUCUAGUCCCCCCACCUGUUGAGCUGGAUCUUUUGCUGAUGGGCUGCUAUGUAUUGUUCUUUUGUUUUGUUUUUUAUGUUUUGAUUUUGGGCUUGGUUUCCUUGAACGGCCUUUUAUUUUUUGUUUUUCCGUUUUGUUCUUUUUUGGGUUGGUCUUAUAAAAUGAUCCAAAUGUUCUCCUUCAAAAAAAUAAAAAUUAAUGUGUAAUAAUAAAAA